GGCGCUGCUCUGUGUGCGACGGUUUAAAUGGUCCGAUCAGUAACAAAGCUUCAUGUACACAUGAGCCGAGAGGAAAGAAACAGCUCUACGAAUGACACCGACGGUGAAAAGACCUCAGCAAGUGGAUGUGAUGAAUAUUAGUCGUCAGACUGAUGACCUUAAACAAACGAAUGUCUUCAAAGAUGAAAAUCCAGACUGCCAAAGAGGUUUAGAGACAGAGGAUGAACCUUUGCUCCAAGAAAACCCCAGGCGGUUUGUCAUCUUCCCCAUCCAGUACCAUGACAUCUGGAAGAUGUACAAGCAGGCACAAGCCUCCUUCUGGACAGUAGAGGAGGUUGAUCUAUCCAAAGACCUGGCACAUUGGGAUGGUUUGAAACCCGAAGAAAAACACUUUAUCUCGCAUAUUCUCGCCUUCUUUGCUGCAAGUGAUGGUAUCGUCAAUGAGAACCUGGUGCAGAGGUUCAGCCAGGAGGUGCAGGUCCCAGAAGCCCGCUCUUUCUACAGUUUCCAGAUCCUAAUAGAGACUGUUCAUUCAGAGAUGUACAGCAUGCUCAUCAACACUUACAUUAGAGACCUGAAAGAGAGGGACUAUUUGUUUAACGCCAUUCAGACCAUGCCUUGUGUGAAACGAAAAGCAGACUGGGCCUUACAGUGGAUCAAUGACAGCAAAUCCACAUUUGCUGAGCGAAUUGUGGCGUUUGCUGCUGUUGAGGGAAUCUUCUUCUCUGGUUCAUUCGCUGCCAUUUAUUGGCUCAAGAAGAGAGGCCUCAUGCCUGGGCUCACCUAUUCCAAUGAGUUGAUUAGCAGGGAUGAGGGUCUGCACUGUAACUUUGCUUGCCUGCUGUACAGCUACCUUGUGAAAAAGCCAUCUAACGACAGAGUGAAGGACAUCAUCACCAAAGCUGUUAGCAUUGAGCAGGAGUUUUUGACCGAGGCCAUACCAGUGGAUCUCAUUGGAAUCAACAAUAAUCUGAUGAAACAAUACAUUGAAUUUGUGGCUGACCGUCUUCUUGCUGACUUGGGACUCGCUAAGGUUUACCAAGUGGAGAAUCCAUUCGACUUCAUGGAGUCCAUUUCGCUAGAAGGGAAAACCAACUUCUUUGAGAAACGAGUAGCUGAGUACCAGAGGUUUGGAGUUAUGUCAUCAAGCAUGGCAGACUGUGAAUUCACACUGGAUGCAGACUUCUGAAGCUGGGACUGCCCUCUGUUACACACCUGAUACCUCUGACAUAUUUAUUUAUUUGUUUUAUGCACUAGCUGGCACACAACAGCUGCAACUAACUGUUCUUUUCACUGUCCAUUAAUCUGUUGAUUAUUCUGUUGGUCAUUUGGUCCCUAAAAUGCAGAAAGUGAUUGGUGUCUUCAAAACUUAAAAUGGUAACAUCCGGAAUUUAUUUAUUUUCUCUCUCACUAACCAAAAAUAUUCCGUUUAACGACAUAGAGGAGCAAAUAAUCCAGAGCCAAUCCUUUAAAGUGAUAUUAGAGAAGUUUUUAUUUUAUAAAACUUAUUAUUAGAAUAGUUGAACAUUUAUUUAGUAUAAUUUAGUAUAUAGUAAAUAAGUGAAUUGCUGCAGCCCUAGCUGACAGUACAGAACAAGCAUAUAUAAUACAAGCCCAGAUUUAUUCAAAUAUGAGUAGAAUUGACGAUAUUUCCUACCACGUUAUGUUGGAAGAGGGUACCUAUGUAGAUUAUAUUUUAUCAGGUCUGCAGGUCUGUGUUCUGGUUUCUGUGGUGAAAGGUUUUAACAGUUUUUGUCAUUUUUAAUGUACAAUAACAAUGUUUUGCAAAAAAAAACGUCUUUGAU